UUAAAUGGGUCAGAGGAAAUGGAGAAUAAUAGUGCAUGUAAUGUCCUCAAUAGGCUACAACACACACCCAUGACCACACACCCAUCACAAUAAUACCUUGCUGCUUGGGAAGCAAUGCCAGCUGCUCUAAACAGUUCAGAGGGUGAACUCUGAUUGAACUCAGUAAUGGUGCUCCAGGCAUCCUCAAGUUAUAAUAACCUUUACGGCUGACAUUACUAUUAACUUACACCCUCUGUUAGCAAUGUUAAUAUCCCAAUGUAUAACUUCCUAGCAUCCUUCUGUUUCUGAAGCUGUCUGUUGUGAUUAGUUUGAUUAGACCUAUGGUUCCUGCUAGGUUCGUGUAGGUCAGUUCUUCUUAAAACAACCCUAUUCCCCUGGGAGUGAUACAUGGCCACGUCUGUUUUUAGAUGUGGGUUGCUGUCGCUUAUAAGCGUUUCAUUCUUCUUCAGCGAUUUCAUUCAAUGGUUAAAAUGCCUGGGCACACAGUUUAUUUUUCUGGGUAGGUGGUUCUGCAAAAGGCCUCACAUUGUUCUUGUUGCUCUUCAAAUGGUUUGGUCGUAACUCACAUCAUGCCUCUUAGGCCUCUACAAACCCUGUGUCGAAUUCUAGCUAAUGUCAUUGGCAUUUGUAUGAAUAGUGUGUGUGUGUGUGUUUUUAACCAGGGAGCUCAUGUCUUACUCUCACAUGAAACCUAUUAUGUGGUCCCAUAAACAGCUGAGUGAAUUGGAGUGAGAAUGACAGAAAUAGAGUGCAGAGGUGGUUAUUCACUACACAUUAUCACAUUAGGAAUCAGUGCCUCUCUGACAAGAGAGAGACAUACUGGUCCAGCUAAAAUGGCAUUGGACAUUGGUCUUUGCAACACAUUCUAGCGGAAUCGAAAUGGGGAAAAAAGUGUUUCUGAUCGAGUUCUUUUAGACGAAGAGGCAAGGGAGAGAGAGGGUGGGUAGUUGAUAGUCAGGUCACCAUGGCAACAAGCCCCCAUCCCCUCACCCAUUGUCUCUCAUUCAUCCCCAUAGUAAUAGCCAAGCUCUGUUGCCCCGGAGACCACAGGGGAUGGUAGGGGAAUGCAGUGUCUGUGUGUGUUUCUAGUGUGUGUGUGUGUGUGUGUGUGUAGUGCAUGCACAAACAGGAAUAUGAAAGGCAGUAACAAGCUCCUGUCAGCUUGGUGAAACUAAUUUGUUGCUGUUAAAUGGUGUGUAUUUUCCAUCUGAACUAACGUAUGAGGGGUAAUAUUGGGCUUGUACCACAGGGGGAUACCAUAGAGGUAAAACCUCUGAAGUCCUUCCACAACUUCAUCGUGAGGCUUCUUCAGCUGCUUCGAGAAAGGACUUCAUUUUAACCCAACUCUUAUUCUAACCCAGCUCCCAAUGAUGGAACAUCCUUCCUUCCAUGUGUGUCUUGUGACACAGGCUGUGAAAUAAUCCUAAUUUAUCGGACGAAAGCAAGCUGACAACUCACUGAGUUGUUUCAUGACACUCUCCCAGACAGACAUUGUUGUGUGGAAUCCUAUUUAAAGAGCGCUAUAUCAACGUUACAUCCCUUUGGCGUCUGGUGUUUUCCACGACCUUCCCUUCAGUCCUGUUGUGACAGCCUGCCUAUCUGAUAGGACUACUAACAUGGUCUGUCCUCCCCCUCUCCUCCGGCCUCCAAGAUAGAUUCCCUCAGGAGUAAGGUUGAGCUCCUCCGCCUGCCUCUUGCCCUCUCCUCCAAGUCCAUCAGCCACCGCAAGAGUCAGCUGGGCGGAGCCGGGGAGCGCGGCACGGGGGGAGGAGGGACCCACAGGGGCAAACCCCGCCCACCGGCCUCCGACAUGGACAACGAGUCGCAGUAUUCAGGCUACUCUUAUAAGUCCUCGCACUCCCGCAGCUCCAGGAAGCACAGGGAUAGGCGGGACAGGCACCGCUCCAAAAGCAGAGACGGCAGUAGUCGUGGAGACAAGUCAGUCACCAUCCAGGCCCCCGGAGAGCCUCUACUGGACACAGAGUCCACCCGUGGAGAUGACAGGGACGAUAACUGGGGUGAGACCACCACUGUGCAGACUGGCACGUCAGAACACAGCGUCUCUAACGAGGACUUGACCCGCGUCUCCAAGGAGCUCGAGGAGUCCUCCCCGUUGGAAUGCCGUCGUUUCCUGGGCCCUGCGUUGGGCGCCGUCCUGGGCCUCUUCGCCCUGGUCACUCCCCUGGCCUUCCUGGCUCUGCCCCAGCUGCUGUGGCGUGAGUCCCUGGAGCCCUGCGGCACGCCCUGCGAGGGCCUCUACGUCUCACUGGCCUUCAAACUCCUGGUCCUCCUCAUCUCCACCUGGGCUCUGUUCCUGCGCCCGCCGGGCGCCACCCUGCCCCGCCUCUACGUCUUCCGCUGCCUGCUGCUGGCGCUCGUGUUCCUCUUUGUAGCGUCCUACUGGCUGUUCUACGGCGUGCGCGUGCUGGAGCCCCGGGAGAGGGACUACAGGGGUAUCGUGGGGUACGCGGCGUCGCUGGUGGACGCCCUGCUCUUCAUCCAGUACCUGGCCUUAGUGCUGCUGGAGGUCAGACACCUGCAGCCUGCCUUCUGCCUCAAGAUGGUGCGCACCACAGACGGGGCUAGUCACUUCUACAAUGUGGGACACCUCAGUAUCCAGAGAGCAGCAGUGUGGGUGCUGGACCAGUACUACAGUGAUUUCCCAGUCUACAACCCUGCUCUCCUCAACCUGCCCAAGUCCAUCCUCUCUAAGAAGACUUCUGGCUUCAAAGUCUACACUCUGGGAGAAGAGAACAGCACCAAUAACUCGACAGGUCAGUCCAGAGCGAUGAUCGCUGCGGCGGCCCGAAGGAGAGACAACUCCCACAACGAGUAUUACUACGAGGAGGCAGAGAUGGAGCGCAGAGUCCGCAAGCGCAAGGCCAGGCUGGUGGUGGCGGUAGAGGAGGCUUUCACGCACAUCAAGCGUCUCCAGGACGACGAGCCGGCCGCCUCGUCCCCCAAACACCCCCGUGAGGUGAUGGACCCCCGGGAGGCGGCUCAGGCCAUCUUCGCCCCCAUGGCCCGGGCCAUGCAGAAGUACCUGAGGACCACGCGCCAGCAGCCCUAUCACAGCAUGGAGAGCAUUAUCAACCACCUGCAGUUCUGUAUCACGCACAACAUGACCCCCAUGGCCUUUCUAGAGCGCUACCUCUCCCCAGGCCCUACCAUGCAGUACCAACGGGAGAAUGGUAGGGGUCGCCAGUGGACCCUGGUGAGCGAGGAGCCGGUGACGUCCGCCCUGCGCCCGGGUCUGGUUUUCUCCCUGCGCCGACUCGACUUCUCCCUGGUCGUCACUGUGGCGCCCCUCCCAUUCCUCCACCUGGGGGAGGAGUUUAUCGACCCCAAGAGCCACAAGUUCGUCAUGAGGCUGCAGUCGGAGACCUCUGUGUAGAAAUGGAGAGAAGACAAGAAAUGAAAGGGUAGAGGUGGGAGAGGAGAUGAUACGAGUGAGGGAAAAGAGACUAUGUUUCAAAUUUGCUCAAAGCCCAACUCUGACCUCUGCGAGAGAGGGAGAGAAGACACAAAGGUGAAGAAAGAGAGAAUGAAGAGAGGUAGAGAGAAUAUGAGAUGGGGAAAGGAACAGAGAGAGUGACACAUUUUCAAUUUUACUCAGAGCCCAACUCUCUGGGUCCUCUCUUACUGUUUUUAACUGACCAAUCAGACACUCCGGGGUCAUCCAAUCAGACACUUCACCUAGACCUGAGUGUGUUGACACCAUGUAAGCUUGAUACUGCUACCAAGACUGUGCAGAGUCCUAGGGAGUUAUUACACUUACACAGACCUUAAUACAGCUCAUAGCUCUGUUUAUAACGAUGUAAUAACCACCUUAUGUGAUUUAAAGCCACCCCAAACCCUUUACGAUGAUGAUGAUGAUGACUGUUCAACGCAACUCAAUUGCUGUGUUUUCUCAAAAUCCCCGGAUUUUGGUUAGAAAAACUCAUAGUAGACUUUCUUGGUUCUACAUUCCACAGCAUAUAUACGCACCCUAUUCCCUAUAUAGUGCACUACAUUUGUACCCUAUUUUCUAUGGGCCCUGGUCAAAAGUAGUGCACUAUAUAGGGAAUGGAGGGUUAUUUCAGACGCAUCCUAGAUGUAGCACUGUCUAGACAGCUAUCUCUUUUCACACAAAGCAGUGGAAAUGUAUGUGGCGUCUGCCACCAAGGGCUGGAGGGGAGACCACUGUGGUCGUCCUGUUUAAUUAACUGUGUGUGUGUGUUACUUUGUUACAGUCAUUGGGACCAGUAUGUUUGUCAUUCCUUGGCAAUAACUGCACUAAAUUCACAAUCAGCCUAUUGAAGUUGACAUUACUAUGUUACUCAGGGGCGCAACUUUCACUGAGGACGGGGGAACAUGCCCCCCCAUACACACACACAUUCUGAAAUUGCAUUUUGUGCUCCCCAGUUUUAUCAUAGGAAUGUGAUACAAAACGAGGAAACGGUGUGCUUUAGGACCAUGCGGACACCUCCGAGUGGUUGAAUAGGCUGUUUGGAGUGUUUAUCAGACCAAAAAUUAACAUAAUAAUAAUAAUUAGGUCCCCCCCACUUCUAAUACCUAAUUUGCGCCCCUGAUGUUACUAACCAAUAAGCUGAUGGGCUGUUAAGCAGUAUAGGCUCAACGAACAGAUACAUGUGAAUAGGAACACUUACAUGUAUGAAAAAUAACUAGAAAAGUCAAGUUUCAAGUAAAAACUGUAGUUGCAAAUCAGCUACUACAUCAACCAAUCAGGUGAUUGAAAUAUCACUGAAUAGACCAAUAAACGGACUGUUAUUUUCAUUGGACUAAAUCUGCUUACUGUGGGUUCUUCAAGAGACAGCUGACGAAUGUUUAGGUGAAACACUAACCGGCUUUAAAACAUUUUUUAAUAAGAAAUACAAUGUUUUUGUGACGUUAAUGGAUAAUAUUAUGUUGGACUUUUUAUCUGUAUUCCAGUGUUGGUUUUAUAAUGAAGGAGGAGGAACAGAUACAAGAAAACAGAACCACUUGUCAUGAGACAUUAAUUAGUUUCUUUGUGCCAAAUCCCACUCAACUCCAGAUACAGGGGCGCGUCCCAAUAACAUCUAUUUUCUCCUGAAGUGUGCAAUUUUGUACUUCUUCCCACAAGUCUAAAAGCAUUGGAUUGGUAAAGGCAUGGGCUAGAGGGAGUUUCAUAUACCAUCACAUCGGGGAAGGGACGUGAACAAGUCAAGUGACAUCUUUGAGGAAGGAGCGAUACUUGGGACCCAGCCAUAGUGUACCACAUGACUACUGUUCUGAACAUGUGACCAAAACACAGAAGUACAAAAUAAUAAAAACACCGUUGUCACAGGAGGUUGGUGGCUCCUUAUUUGGGAGGACGGGCUCAUAGUAAUGACUGGAAUGGAGUAGUAUCGAACUCCUCAAACACAUGGUUUCCGUAUUUGAUACCUUUCCAUUCUCUCCAUUACAGUUAUUAUGAGCCGUCCUCCCCUCAGCAGCCUCUUGUAUUGAGUGCGUGGUGUGACUAAGGUGUGAGUAAUAUGGAAACAUUGUGCUUGAUGAUUUGUUUCGAUUCACAGGCUGAGAUGAAUAUCCGUAACAGUCCUAAUAGGUCCUGCACACACAAUGGUUCUUGUCCUUUUUGGCGGCUAACAGCUACAGUAGUCUGUUGUGAAUAAAUGGUUUGAUCCCUUUUUUUUUUUACAUGUGUACGGUAUGUUUAUUAGACCUUCAUUUCAUUAUGAACCCUGAUGCAUGUAGUUUUGUAAAGUUACAUUUUUUGCUGCAUUUUUUUUUGUUUCAUUUCAUGUCGAAGUGAAGUCCCUAACCUUGUUUUUUAAGACCAAUGUGAUGUAAAGACAUUUGAAGUUGAAAAAAAUGUUUUAAUAUUGGAUCAUUUUAGGACAAAAUUGUUACAGCCUUUUUAAUAAAUGAUCUCUUGAUAUGAUGCUA